CUGACUGGGAGUAGACCAUAGACUGUAAAGGAAUACACGGGACAAGAAAAUUGUGACAAAAUGUGGAAUAGGAUAUAUUUUUGUGGACUGGUGGUCUGUCUCAUCUGCCUCACUGACCAGACUCAGGAACAGAAAACACCUUUAGUUGUUCAAGGGACAGAUUGCACACAGAUCAAAACUCUCUCCCCUCGAGCCACCAGUGGAGUGUAUGUCAUUCAGCCUGCAGAAGUCACAUCCCCCUUUAUGGUGUAUUGUGAGAUGCUGGCGGACGGAGGCUGGACAGUCUUUCAAAUGCGCACCGGGGCAGAGGUUCUUUUCAACAAGACGUGGGCUGAAUACGAACAAGGCUUUGGGAAUUUACAGAAGGACCACUGGCUGGGUCUGAGUAAGGUGUUUGCUCUAACCAAGGGGGGCAGGGGGCGGAGUUCGACUAUGCGGGUCAACCUGUGGGACUUUGAAGGGGGCACUGCCUUCGCUGAGUACAGUGACUUCCGUCUGGGCACAGAGGAGGAGAGCUACAAGCUGAACGUUGGAGCCUACAGGGGCAGCGCAGGUGAUGCCAUCCGUGGGAAAUACGCCGGCAUUGACCAGAAUGGCUUUGGCUUCAGCACAACCGACAAGGACAACGACGGCUGCUCACCCUGCAUCUUUGGAGACAUCGCCGUGGACAAGUGCAGCUUCUCGGAGGGAGGAGGGUGGUGGUACAGUCGCUGUGGCUCUGCCAGCCUGAACGGAGACUGGCACCCUGCCGGCGAACACAUUGGCUGGGCCUCCGGCCUCCACUGGGAGACCUGGAAAGGGCCUUCUCCAUACUCGGCCCAAGCCAGCCGCAUGAUGAUCAAGUCUGUGUGGAAGAAGAUUAUUACAGCAAACUAAUACAAAAACAAAUCAUUAAAAAAAUAAACUUUUUAAUAAACUGAAAUAAAACUAUUAACAAGGCAAGGUUUGACAAAGAAAACUAUACUGAAACUAUUAUCUUUAACUUACUAAAAUAAAAUUAAAACACUUGACCAGUUUAAAGGUCUAUAAGCACAACAUGGUCACAGUCACCAUGUUUUCAGUGAAGAGAAGUUUUAUUUGUUGCACUGCGACAAAUCUGCAUAUUUAAUGUGAACAGUUUAAAUAGUUUGACAUAACUUAUAGACUAGAAUGUUGAUAUUGUAUGCGUUUUCAAAUAUAAUUAUCUUUAGAAUAUUUGUUUAGCACACACUUAGCCCGUACAUACUUUGCCCAAGUUCAGACACCAUUAUUUUGCCCUGUAAACAUGAUUGAAUUCACACAUUCAAAGCUUUGUGUUUAAAGUGA